AAGCAAAUUGAUUGGGAAUUUUGAUCCAACUGGCUAAUUAGCCGCCUCCACUCUUAUAUAUUCCUACUGCUCCCCCAUUAAUGCUGUGCUCAUAUCCUUCUUCCCCUCCUCCCCCAAUUUUUAUUAAUUUGCUAAAAUGGGUCGUUUCAAUCUCAUCGUUACACUCUCUCUUCUUUCUCUCUUUCUCUUCUUCCCUUCCCCAACGCUCGCCCAACUUCGACAAAAUUUCUACGCCAACAUUUGUCCCAAUGUCGAAAACAUUGUCCGCUCUGAAGUUACCAAAAAAUUUCAACAAACUUUCGUCACUGUUCCAGCCACUCUUCGCCUCUUCUUCCACGAUUGCUUUGUUCAGGGAUGUGAUGCCUCUGUAAUUAUUGCUUCCACCGCAUCCAACAAGGCCGAGAAAGACCAUCCCGAUAACCUCUCCCUCGCUGGAGAUGGAUUCGAUACCGUCAUUAAAGCUAAAGCUGCCCUCGACGCCAUUCCUCAAUGCCGAAACAGAGUCUCCUGUGCCGAUAUUCUCGCUUUAGCCACCCGUGAUGUCAUCGCAUUGUCCGGCGGACCGUCGUACGCGGUGGAGCUAGGAAGAUUAGACGGUCUGGUUUCUAAAGCCUCGGACGUGAACGGUAGACUCCCAGCACCGACCUUCAAUCUGAAUCAGCUGAAUUCUCUAUUUGCAGCGAAUGGCCUCACGCAACAAGACAUGAUCGCUCUCUCAGCCGCUCACACCGUCGGAUUCUCACACUGUGGCAAAUUCUCGAAUCGAAUCUACACCUUUGCCCCUGGGAGACAAGUCGACCCUACACUAAACCGAACCUAUGCAACGCAGCUACAAGCGAUGUGCCCCAAGAAUGUGGACCCGAGGGUGGCGAUUAACAUGGACCCAAUCACCCCCAGAGCGUUUGACAACGUUUACUUUAGAAAUUUACAGCAAGGAAUGGGUCUGUUCACGUCAGACCAGGUUCUAUUCAGCGACCGGCGAUCAAGACCCACAGUGGACACGUGGGCUAGAGACUCAAAAGCUUUUAAUAAAGCUUUUAUUGAAGCUAUGACUAAGUUGGGGCGGGUCGGGGUGAAGACCGGUAGGAAUGGUAAUAUUCGGCGCGAUUGUGGAGCGUUUAAUUGAUUUAUACUUUUGGAACAUUUGUAGUGAUGUUACUUACGUGUAUAGAAAGGAUUUGAUAUCGGGGGCGGCAUUGAGUUCAAGUGAAUGCGAUUUAAUAAAAUUGAAGCGCGGAUUUAAUUAUUAAUUGCUUCUUAAGUUGGUCAUAUAGUGUUUAGUUGGGACUGUAAUUAGGAUUUAAAUUUUCAAUAAUCAACACUUCUGUUUACUUCAUAAUUAUUACAAAUAAAUUUUUAAGUUUCAUUAA